AUGACGAUACUUGCACAAAUCAACCAAAUCAGAAAUCAGAAUGCGUUCAAGUUGGAGAUGGCGCAUUGCCACCAAAGAAAUAAAAGGAGAACAGAACCUCUCCAUUGCUACCUGUUGACCUACCAAAGAAAUAAGAGGAGGAGAGUGAACCCCGUAAAAGCAUCAGAGCUUCCCUUUGAUGUCAUCACUGAGAUUUUAAGCUGCUUGCCUGUGGACUCUUUGCUAAGGUUCAGGUGCGUCUGCAAGCAGUGGUUUUCGUUGUUUCAAGACCUCCAGUUCAUUGCAAAACACAUGGAUCGAGUCCGUCCUCUGCAAUUCUCCUAUGCAUUAAUCAAACAAGAAACUAAAAAAUUAGAAGCUGUGGUUGAUGAAAAUUUCAAGGUCCUUGAGGUUUGUUCUGGCUUGUUUUUGGAGAAGAGUCUUAAUUCUCAAGUUUGCCGGAUCAGAAAUCCCGCAACUCAUCAAGUACUUUACUUGCCUAAUGCACAUGACAGAGCAGAAAUAAAGGACUUUGUUUUUAAUCCAUCGACUCAUGAGUGUAAAGUGGUAUGUGUUGGAGAAGCUGGUUUUCAAGUCAUAACUGUUGGAAAGGAUGAGCAAUGGAGACCUCUGAAGCGCCCUAACCAAGAUGUGCCUCAACAACAUAGCAAGAAAGCACUAAACGUAAAAUAUCUGAAAGCAACUAACAAGGCAGAAGGGAUUGGUCAUUUGGUUAUAUUUAUCGUCGACGGGAACAAUUUGUGCCUGGAAAUUCAAUCUCUUGAUAUCUGGAACGAAUGUUUCACUACUACUGCGGUGCCCCGGGGAUUUUUAGUAGAUUUGCGUAAAGUUUUGAUUAGCUAUUGGAAUCAAUGUGUAGCUUUUGCAGAAAUCGCAGAGGGAAAGUUUAACAUGUUGGUGUUAGAGGACGUGAAGGAGCACAAAUGGAGUAGAAAGCAGAUCACUGUUCCGUCGGAAUUUUUAAAGGAUCAGAAUCUUCCGAAUAGGAAAGCUAGUAAAUUUAUUGUGUGUGACAUGAAGAGGGGGAUAAUUAAGGAGGUCAUGUAUUUAGAGAAUGGGAAGAAAUAUUUAACUUCAACGCAGUACAAGCCAAGCCUGAUAGCUCUUAAGGGAAUGCAAUCAGAAAGGGCUGGAGUGGAAUUGGAACUAUGA